AUGGCUCAGUGGAUCUCUGUGAUUCUAAUCUUUGCUCUAUGUUACAAUGUGGCGUUUCACCCUGGAUGUGCAGGCAUCGACCUUGCCAUCAACAACCGCACCACUGACCACAAACUCAGGCUGAACGUGUCGGACGCAGUGUCGUUGACGUGUCGGGUGAUUAACGCCAUGCGGGACGAGGAGCUGGUCUGGCUGUGGGGAGACAGAGUGGUUAACCUGCAGCCCACCAACCGCAUCAACGUCAGCACCCUGUGUAUCGACCCAGUCACGACUGACGCCAACGCCGCCAACGUCAGCUGCCACGUCAGCAGCAACUCCACGCUCAAGAGGAGCGUGCUGCUGGAUAUCAGAUUCGUUCCCAUGUUGAGUCGGGAUGGUGAUGGGCAAGUGGACGUGUACACCGGGCAGGACGCAACACUGACCUGUAACGUCAAGUCAAACCCAGUGGCUGUGAUGUUGUGGUCCAAGGACAAUGAGUGGCUGAGACUGGAGGCAGGUAGACAUGAUGUACACCAGGACAGUGGGGCCUUCACACUGACCAUCAGGAAGGUGCAGAACAAGGACAAUGGGACGUACCUUUGCAGGGCCGAUUCCACCCUUGGAAGUGGACAUCUGACCUUCCAUCUCAACGUGAAAGCUAAACCAGAUGAGGUGCCAUUCGAGCCCAUCGUUGCUGGGGUGCUGGUCACUCUGCUCACCGGCCUCUUCGGAGUCGUCUCACGGAGAAAGAAAAUUAUGGAGUGUUGUAGAGCGGAUACGAACAGCAACUCAGGCAUGGAAGACCAGUAGGGGAGUCCACACUGCAAAAGGUACAGAAGUGUGAAAACGAACGCACACCUCCAGAUUCAGGGACAGUUUCUUCCCGGCUGUUAUCAGGCAACUGAACCAUCCUACCACAACCAGAGAGCGGUCCUGAACUACUAUCUACCUUUUUGAUGCUUGAUCAGAUUUUACGGGCUUUACCUUGCACUAAACAUUAUUCCCUUUAUCAUGUACCUGUACGCUGUAAAUGCAUCGAUUGUAAUCAUGUAUUGUCUUUCCGCUGACUGGAUAGCAUGCAACAAAUGGCCUUUCAAUGUUAAAGUACCUGCCUCAACUACCUUCUCGUUCCAUACACCCACCGUCCUCUGUGUGAAAAUACUACCCUUUUAAUAGUUUCCUAUUAAAUCAUUAUACGUGAAUAUUCGUGCAAUAAACAUAAUAGGUUGCCGAUUGUAAUUGUGUAUUGUCUUUCCGCUGACUGGUUAGCACGCAACAAAAGCUUUUCACUGUACCUCGAUACAUGUGACAAUAAACUAAACUGAAUCUUCACAACUUUCUGUGUGUGAGUCAGACUGGGCCACAUCAUCCACCUGUGGUAUUGGGUCAACUAUCCUCUCUCCAACACCACAGCCUCAUUGAUCAGACAAGCCCCAGAGCCUUGCAUGCUUCAACACAGACAUUCC